UGGUCAUUAAAACACAAACCUCUACAAGAUAUUAAAAAUAUCGUUACCUACCUCUACCGGGUUUUCUGGUCAGCUAUGUAAAUAUACCUAUUCCAAUGUCGACCAUAAAGCAAAUAGGUCCUAUACGAAAGGCCUGGUAUCAGUGGAAAGCUCUCCGUCUACCGUGGAGGAAACGGUUUCUCGUCGGACUCGAUCUUCAAGGCAACACAUAUUGGGAAUUCCGCUUAGUCCGCGGCGAUCCCUCCGCGCCGGAAUCCCGGCUCCGGCGCAUCGUCCAGUAUCCGCGCUCUACCCACUACAGCGAGGUCAAGGUACCGCCUGCAUGGCACCAGUGGCUACGCUACAUGCGGGACCAGCCGCCAACCCUGGACGAGCAGGUCGGCGAUAUCGCUCGUCAGGAGCGUAUUAAAGCUCUUGCUGCUGAAGCCGAUGCGCGCUGGGAGGCUAAGCCCAGCCUGAUCGACAUGCCGGGCCACGAGAGGGGCCAACCGAUCCCUCCGCUCAACACCGGUCGCACGCAGCCCCAAGAGCGUGCGGCCCGCGAGUCUCCUACGCGGAACGAACGCGAGGAAGUCACCCAGCAAAAGGACGAUCCCUGGAAACGCGCACGAAGCAGCGGUCCUAGUGAAACUUGGCAACCGGAAGCAUGGAAUCCGAUGCCGGUGAAGAAACAGUGAGAGAGGUGUGCAGAAAACCCGGACGAUGUAGCUCUAUAAUGCUGCUUGCGCAAGCAACAUUAUCUUUGUAUAUCAUAAUAACGUUAUCAUGUAAAUAGCGUAACCAGACGGCAGCUAUGGGUUCCCAUGUUACAUUAACAGACACCGAUGCCAUCAUUAGAGCCGCCUAAGAUUAAAAUGAAAUAAAACACUAAUUCUUUCCACCCAUCUCUGUGUAAAUACGGCUACCCUUAAUCAUACCUACCCUCUUCAGUUUCAUCGGAA